AUGGUCGGCCCCGUACCCUCUCUUGAAGGCAGAGACGCAGGCGCCUCGGUGACAAUUUCAGCCAGAAGUAAUAACUCAUUGACCAUCUUCACUGCCACCGAUGAGACCAGUGACAUCUCCAGCGAAUAUCUGGCAGCACUUGCCGUCACACUGGAUUAUUCGAGUCAACUUAUCAAUCCUAACGUUCUGUACACUUGGGGCGGUCUCACCGGUGAUGAGCUAGAUGAGCUUUGCACCGAAGCUUGCUUGGCUUCGAUUGCUUUUUAUCGCUCUGGAGUCUUAGAGGCAUGUGCUGACGACGUUUAUACCGAUACACCCAUAAAUUCCACAGAAUAUAUCGCGGGCACGGCAACGCUAGGAACCAUAUACAACUACGACCUGACGUGUCUUAAAGACAGCGUCACGGAUGAGUACUGCUACCUCAUCACGGGCAAUGGCACGGAUUACAACGUAACUGCCUCAAACCCGUGCGGCACCUGCGGUUUAGAGCCUUUCUGGCUUCAGAUGGAAGAUGCCAGAAUGUACGAUGAGUCUCUAGCUGCCGAGUAUGAGGUCCUCGCAUCAUCUUGCAGCGUCACAGCAGCUUUAACAACACCAACCGCUGUGCUCUUGUCCAAUCCAAACACUAUUGUGAACAACUCAACGACCACAACUUCAACAUGCACGGGAUCUGCCAUCGCGGUACCUACCGGUCUGACAUGUGAUGAGGUGGCAAAGAAAUACAGCGUCGGAACCAGCCAAUUGUUAUCAGACAACAGCCUCCCAGCCGGCUGUGUCGGCUGGCCUAAUGAUGCUACGGAGCUAUGCAUUCAAAACACAUGCCAGACUUAUUUGGCACAGGAAAGCGAUACUUGCACAUCUAUCGCGCUGACCAACAAUAUCACUGUUACCCAGCUGGUGACCUGGAAUCCAUUCAUCGAUCCGCAAUGUGUAAACUGUGAUUACAAUGUCGGACACAACAUCUGUGUCAGCAGUCCUUUAGGCUAUGAAUAUCCUGUCUCGACUGUCACUGAUGUCAGCGGAACGACUGCCACGUCGGCGGCUGCUAGUUCGUCUAAUACAGGACCUGAAUCCAAUGCGGACUGUGGAUCUUGGUAUCUGGUACAGGAGGGAGAUUAUUGUUCGUUGAUUCCUGUUUCUCAGGGUAUUUCACUAGACAAUUUCUUUUUUCUCAAUCCAGAAGUCAACAGUAACUGUACCAAUCUUUACCAUGGAUACCACUACUGCGUAGAGGCGGUCGGUUCUAUCUCAACGUGUGCCGGAUACGGAGGGACUUUCACAGUUACUAGCACAUCGGCCACGAUUACAGAAGCCGGCACCACAGUCUACGUUUCGGCGUUGUCGACCGCGGCAUCUCCAAUAUACAACUUCAGCACGACAGCAAGUCUACCGUUGGCAUCUGGCUCAGUCUCGGAUUGCUUCAACGUUUUCGAAAAUACCUAUAGCGAAUUAUCAUGCGUCGGGUUUGCACGGUGGCAAGGCGUUCCACUUGACAAUCUGAUUCUAUGGAAUCCCAGUACCAGCACAGCGAAUACCUCCAGUAACUAUGACUGCGUGCUCCAGAACAACAUAGCAUACUGCGCAGCAUCCUACGACAACACAUCAAACUACACUACCACUACCGUGACAUCCUACACCCCAGCUCCGACUAAUGCUACCACAAAUGCAACGACUGAAUGUCUUUCCUGGUAUGAAACUGUAGACGGUGCCACAUGUCAACACAUUCUCGACCAAUACGAAAUUACCCUCGCAGCCUUCUAUGAGUGGAAGCCGGCUGUAGGCGAGGAUUGCACCAACCUAUGGGUCGAUGCAUCUUACUGCGUCCUUGGCCCUGGCUGGGAAUACAUAGUGGGUGUGAAUACAACCCAACCAGGCACGAUGACUGGAGCUACGUCAACUACAAGUACGGUCUCUUCGACUUCGACCUCCUUAGAUACCACGACCAGCGAGAUGAUCACAACUACCACAGUCAACCCAACAACUACAACGACUAUUGGAACGAGUGCCUUCUGCACGCUGUCAGACCCAACACAGACGGGCAUCUCGAGCAGUUGUAACUUAUACGCAGAGCCCAUCAGCGGUGAUGGCUGUUAUGACUUUGCCGCACGGUUUAGCAUAACACUAAAUCAGUUUUUUUUUGGUCUGGUGAGGCAUACUGUAUGGGCGUGGCAUCGUAAGAAAGGCUACAUACGUGAUAUGGAAUGCCAGGCAUUUUUCGACGCAUGGAAUCUCAUGAGUCUAAGGAAAUGUCUAGAAUGAGAAGCCCCUGAUGACUACUCUACUUCUCAUGUCAAAUUUGUACAAAAAAAGACCAUUCCUGUCCUUUUUUCUUCUUCUGAGUGAUGUAUUUAUAUGGGGAAAGGAGAGAUCAAUGGGAGGGAGUAUGCCCCAGUAUUGCCAUAAACCUUUAGCGGAAUACCUACUGUAGUAUAAAAAACCCCUGGCUACCUAGCUUCGGAUCCACCAAAGGACGGCUCUAAAUAGG